CCUCCCCUUUAAGGCGCACCGCCCUUUAACCGUGCGGCUGGCUGGCGGUGUGUGCGAGCGCCGUGCUUGUUGUGUUUGAGGUCUGGCUACAUUGUCAAUAUCACACGUUUUUGUGUAUCGAUGCGAAGCGAUGGGAAUACUGUAAAUAUGGCGAAGAAGCGGACUGCCCUGGCUCUGUUGUCUGUGGCUGGGUUACUGGCGACCUGCGACGGGUUGAAGUGCAACUGUACGGAGUGCGAGAAGACCGAUUUCCAGUGCGAGACGGAUGGCGCCUGCAUCGCCUCCAUCUCCAACAUCAAAGGGCAGGAGCACCUCGUCCGCACCUGCAUCCGCGCGGAAAAGCUGGUGCCGGCGGGACAGCCCUUCUACUGCCUGAGCGCCGAGGGGCUCCUCAACACGCACUGCUGCUACACCGACUUCUGCAACAGCGUCAACCUGCCGGUGCCCGCCGGUCAGGAGAGCCCGGGCUUCCCGGGGGCGGGCUGGGGCCCGGUGGAGCUGGCCGCGGUGAUCGCCGGCCCGGUGUUCCUGCUGUGCCUGGUCCUGAUCGUGGGCGUCUUCCUGUUCCAGCACCACCAGCGCGUCUACAGCCACCGGCAGCGGCUGGACGUGGAGGACCCCUCCUGCGACCACCUCUACCUGGCCAAGGACAAGACCCUGCAGGACCUGAUCUUCGACCUCUCCACCUCGGGCUCCGGCUCCGGGCUGCCCCUCUUCGUGCAGCGCACGGUGGCGCGCACGAUCGUGCUGCAGGAGAUCAUCGGGAAGGGCCGCUUCGGCGAGGUGUGGCGCGGGAAGUGGCGCGGCGGGGACGUGGCGGUGAAGAUCUUCUCGUCCCGCGAGGAGCGCUCCUGGUUCCGCGAGGCCGAGAUCUACCAGACCAUCAUGCUGCGGCACGAGAAUAUCCUGGGCUUCAUCGCCGCCGACAACAAGGACAAUGGCACCUGGACCCAGCUCUGGCUGGUGUCGGAUUACCACGAGCACGGCUCCCUCUUCGACUACCUGAACCGCUACUCUGUCACCAUCGAGGGCAUGAUCAAGCUGGCGCUGUCCGCCGCCAGCGGCCUGGCGCACCUGCACAUGGAGAUCCUGGGAACGCAGGGCAAGCCUGGCAUCGCCCACCGCGACCUCAAGUCCAAGAACAUCCUGGUGAAGAAGAACGGCACCUGCGCCAUCGCCGACCUGGGGCUGGCCGUGCGGCACGAGUCUGUGACCGACACCAUCGACAUCGCGCCCAACCAGCGCGUGGGCACCAAGCGGUACAUGGCCCCCGAGGUCCUGGACGAGACCAUCAACAUGAAGCACUUCGACUCCUUCAAGUGCGCGGACAUCUACGCCCUGGGGCUGGUGUACUGGGAGAUCGCACGCCGCUGCAAUGCUGGCGGCAUCCAUGAGGAGUACCAGCUGCCCUACUAUGACCUGGUGCCCUCUGACCCCUCCAUCGAGGAGAUGCGGAAGGUGGUCUGUGACCAGAAGCUGAGGCCCAAUGUGCCCAACUGGUGGCAGAGCUACGAGGCCCUGCGGGUGAUGGGCAGGAUCAUGAGGGAGUGCUGGUACGCCAAUGGGGCCGCCAGGCUGACGGCGCUGCGCAUCAAGAAGACUCUGUCGCAGCUCAGCGUGCAGGAGGACAUCAAGAUCUGAGCCGGUGAGCGAGGGAGGGGCACCGCGCCACGAACGCCAAUCCUGCCACUUCAAAACCACAGACUGGAGUCGUCAAGGCCUACCUCACCCUUUCAGCCAAAACUACUGAGCGAGCCGACCGCCCUCCCUGUCCCACAGUCCUCUGCACUGCCCCCUUUUCCUCCCGUCGAUUGGGCAGGGACGUUGUACAGCUCUCUUCUUCGAAAUUCCCUUGAUUCCUGCCUGUCCCCUCCGAGUCGCCUGGUCCCUCCUGGGCUCCGGGUGAGCUGGGAGAAGGACAGAGCCAGAACCGAUCUGCUGUCAAGCGAGGCGGGAGAGCACUCAGAAGAUGUGAAUUUAUAUUAAUUUAUUUUUAAUGAUUUGUUUUGUUUUUGACUGAUUUCCUUGUUUAGGAAUUAUUUUUGUAUUUUGUUUUUCUGGGUCCUGCGAGGCUGGGCAGUACUGCCAAGCCCCUCUCCCCACACACCGUAGAAAUGUGGCCAUCUGGCUGCAAGAAAAUUCUGAUGGUUCUGUUCGGUCGGUUGUGAGCAGGCGGCACAGGGGAGACCCGCCCUCCACGUAUGACAGUGAAACGAGAGUGGUGACGCACGCGAGACAGUGCCAAGCACAAAAUACACAAACUCCCUGCUACUGCCAGGUAAAGUCCUGGGCCUUGGCGCAUUUUGCAGGGCCUGACACAGAUGCUCAUGCAGAAGGCCGGCAUGUACACUACAGGUAGUGAAUGGGCGCGCUGGGUAUUAUAAUGGCACGCGGUUUGUGCAGAGACGUAGCUAAGGCUUGUGUAGCAUUGAGGGGGGGGGGUCUCCGUUGUGCGCCCCUGUCUGGGAGGUGUUCUGGGGGAUUCAGAGCCCCUGCUGCCACCCCUGGCCCAUACCUCUGACGUGCAGUCCCUCUAGCCUCAACCUUGAAGAACCUGACACAACUCGACAGGGUAUUGUGUAGUUCCUAAGUCUCGAACCCUCAUUACACUACCAUGCACCUAAUGAAGUUGUGUCCUGGGUUUCAUCUGACUUUAAGGUGCAUCUUUAACAAGUGUUUGGUUUCUCUUGGGUGGUGGUAGGGUGAUCGCUGGGCACCCACACCCAUCUGAUCACUUGAGCCAAACCACAGAGUGGCGCCCCCCCAGAGGCCAGACCUGAGAGAUGCACCAAAAUGUGCAGCAUCACUAAAGUAAAGGGCCAGAAGUUCUGCAGAUCUGUGCAUCAGUGCUGGAGGUUAAUCCCCACGGUGCCUGCAGAUUGCUGCUGCAGUGUAGCAGUUUUGCUUUCUUGGGAACACGGUGGUCAAGACGAGAGGUUUGCAUGGUGACGAGCUGUUUGAACUGAGGGUCCGGAAGGGCUCUGAAACGGUGGGGGAUCCCGGCCAAGCAUGAUCAUUUCAUUGUUUCAGUUUUGUUUCUAGGGGACAGUAAGACCUUUAAAGUUCGUGAGUCUACACGCGGGUCAACUUUGAGAGUCAGAUUUCCAGGGCUUGUUCCUUUCGGAUUGAGCAGGACCUGUAUGAUCCGUUUUCUUAGUGUCCUAGACUUCCGGUUAUAUUUCUGCAGCUUGAUUAUAGACCUGUCUGCCACUAUAAAUCGGAGACUGAUGAUUGAUGAAUCUGAUUGCUGCCCCUGCUCAUUCUGACAGGAGCCAGAUUGUUUCGGCCGACUGAAUGGUACGGGACCUUUUAAGUCUGGCCUUGAGUUUUUGGGUUUUCCUUUUCAAACUUCUAAAAAUGUGAAAUUAAAUAAACACCCAGUGCUAUUGAGAUGGAAAAGAGACACUUUAGUUGGAACUCGUGUAGAGGGGGGAAAUCAUCCUGAGUUAAAGCGUGUCAUUUUUCCAGCCUUUGUAUCCCUCAGUGAGGAACUGAUCUGUGCAGUUUUGACAGACACUUUGGUUUUCAGUCGGUGUUCCUAGGGAACUCCAUGCUUCUGCUGGAUUUUGUACCAGCUGACCUGCUUAUUACUUAAUUGACACUUAAUUUAACUUUAUUCACUUUUCUCUCAAGUCGCACAUUGAACAUUGCAAUUUUUUUGACACUGAGAAAGGUCAUUAAACUGGUGAUCCAGCAGACUGUCGACAUGGAUACAGGUUGAAAGACUAACUCUUGUGGGGAAGCUUGGUUUUCAGUUCUCAACAAGAAGAAACACUUUUAUGGUGCAAAGCUGCAUAUGUUCCGCUUCAGGCUGUUUGCCUCCCAGUGUUGAGUUCGAACUGGAUGCUGAGGGGUCAGGAGAAUUGCAGUUGGGUUGUGUUCUGAGAACUGUGUCAUCUGAUGAUCUCCCUCGUAAGUCUCUGACAGCACUCCUGCAGCCCACCUGUCCCUGACCUGCCCACCUCGCUGUGAUAUGUUAAUACACUACUGACGAGCCCACCCAGUUAUUGCAAACCCCACCCACUUGCCUUUAGCUGCCCAGUUAUCUGACUCCGCCCACUUUUCCCUGACUGCCCUGCGGUGUGAGUGACACCUCUGGUCACCAUCUCUAUACCUCCUCUAUAUGCAAACUGUACAUAAGUUGUAAAGUAUUAUGUUUUUUGGGGGAAGGAGGUUGAUGUGGAUAAUUCUUAUGAUGAUGAUGUGAUUGUUUUGUUUUUAAUUUUAUUUUUUGAAACACUAGUUUUUCUUUUUAGAAAAACAAAGCAAAUCUGCUGUAAUUUUUGUACAUUUUAUUUUUUUUAAUGAUUUUAUGGGGUAAACUUGAAGGUACUGUUAAUCUCAGAAAUUUAAAACGUCUCUCUCUGAUUUGUAAUUUUUUUUCCUUCUUUGUAAGAUUUAAUACCUGCUGUUGUUUUUUGUAACUAGACACCAUACAGCUCCAGGUAGUAAAGUGAAAGGAGCCUUGUAUAUAUCCAUUUUAAUCACAGCCAUUGUAGCAAGCCUAUCAUUCCCGAAAGAUAAAAAUGUUCCUUUCUCGGAUCUCCAGAAACCUUCCCAGCUCAAGUCCUAGGGCUCAGGCAGCGGUCUGGGAUUUUGAUCCUACUCCUACGCCAGAAUGGAAACACCUUCCACACACAGAAGUUCUGUGUGUUUGGGAGCAAAUGACCUCCAGCACAACCUUCACUUCACUGGGAUCCUUCAAGACACAUUCAGAAUUCGCUUGUAAAGGAACUGAAAGAGGAACUAGAACUGUAGAUGGGGGUGGUUUGCAGAGGGCUGUAGAGAUGCAAGGAGAGGAGCUGUCAGCACUGGCACCUGCAUCUCAUCAGCCUUUGCCAAGUCCUCAAUUUGAGCCAGUGGUACACAUAAUGGGUAUUGAACCUGCAACCUCCUAGUGCUGUGCCCCAAGUUGCUGGCCCAGCAGAAGGAGCCAGGUUAGCCCCAGCCUCUUUGUGACCCGUUGCCUGCCAGGCUCUUAAAUCUGCAGCACUCCCAGCCACACCCAGAGCAGCUUUCAUCUCGAGAGGAAGACAAAGGAGGCCUCUUCCCAGUGCAGAUUUUAGUAUCAGGGGAUAAGUGCUGGUGGGGCUCCAUCCAAACCCCAGGCCUGCUCGGUUUCUCUCUGGGACUGGAGCUGGGAAAUGGGUUCCGAUCCUUGGAAUUCCGUUGAUGUCACACGCUUUGGUGUUGGAUGGCUGUAUGGAUAGACUUGGCCCUCUCUCGGCUCGCACGGAGUGGUGCAGUGCUGAAGGAACUGAAAAGAAUGUAGCAGUUCCGGUCUUUACCCAGGGUUUCUGUACUCGACGCCACAGCAAAGUGCGGGAUGUAGAAAUGCAUUGAACUGAACAUGUAUUUAUAUAUCUGUGUGUGAAUACUUUGGUUUUUUUAAAGAAAACGAAUCGUGCAAACCACUGCAGAAGCUU